UUUUAAUUUUAUGUUCAACGUAGUGCCAAGGGUCGACUGCACGAGCUUAUGCAAAACGAUCGAGAGUUUACACAAGAGGAUCGUGAGCUGAUUAAUCCAUGCAAUAGCAAAUCCAUAACACAGGCUAUGGACUUUGUUAAGAACCCUGUGGACUGCUGUCACCAUGUGCAUUUGCUGAUACGAGAAUUGCUGCACAUAAUCAGCAUCAAGAAGGAUGAUCCGAAGACAAAGGAUGCCAUUCUCUAUCAUGGUGAAACUUGGGACUUAAUGCGCUGUCGCUGGGAGAAGAUAGAGAAGGACUUUAGUACCAAAUCAAAACUAUUUGAUAUUUCAAAAAUUCCAGAUAUUUACGAUUGCAUCAAGUAUGAUUUGCAGCAUAAUCAACAUACACUGCAAUACGAUCAGGCCGAGGAGCUAUAUAUCUAUGCUAAGAAUCUGGCGGACAUUGUCAUACCGCAGGAAUACGGAUUGACUCCCCAAGAGAAAUUGGCUAUUGGCCAGGGCAUUUGCUCGCCGUUGCUGCGCAAGAUCAAAGGCGACUUGCAGCGCAAUAUUGACGAGAUCGAGGAUGAGUUCAUGAAUCGUUUGAAUCCCCAUUAUAGUCACGGUGUCGCCAGCCCUCAGCGUCAUGUGCGUACCCGGCUCUAUUUCACAAGUGAGUCGCAUGUCCAUUCUCUGCUAACGGUAUUGCGUUACGGCGGAUUGUUAAACGUUGUUACGGACGAGCAAUGGCGACGUGCUAUGGAUUAUAUAUCGAUGGUAUCGGAGCUCAAUUAUAUGUCACAAAUAGUUAUAAUGCUGUAUGAGGAUCCGACCAAAGAUCCCACAUCUGAAGAGCGCUUUCAUGUUGAGCUUCACUUUAGUCCGGGCGUCAAUUGCUGUGUGCAAAAGAAUUUGCCGCCGGGUCCUGGUUUUCGUCCACAUUCGCAUGGUGACAAUUCCUGCAGCGUGAGCGUGCAGUCUAACGAGGACUCGAAUCCUUCACGCAUCGAGGAAGAAAACGAUUCAGUUUCUGGAGAUGAACAACACGGCAAGAAGCGCACCUGCCCGCUACGCAGCUCAACAAAUUCCUUUGGUUUUAAUCGACUGGAAUUGCGUUCCAAACAGGGCAAGUCGAAGCCCAUUCCGAUUGGCGCCCAUCAUACAGUAAGCGGUCAUGAGGCGAUGGAUCUGGCCAAGCGACUAAAUGAGGAGCUUGCUUCGCAGCAUCAACAGCAGCUGCAGAUCCAACAUCAACACCAUCAUCAGCAGCAAUUGCGACCUAUUAGUCCCGAUAUACGAGCUGUGAGUCCAGACUGUGAGCCGCGGUCACGCAGCUUUGAUCAGCGUGGAUCGCCGUCGGCCAAUCGUGACAAGGAGGCGGAUAGCAACGUUUCGGUCUCGGUAUCGGCGUCGGUAUCAUCGGCCAAUUCGUCCACAUCAUCGCGUCGCCAAAGACACAGUAUUGCCGGCCAGAUGUCAUAUAUGAAAAUGUUGGGCUUCGGUGGUUUUAGCAAAAAGAUGACAACCAGCGCGAAUAGCCUUUUCAGUACGGCAGUUAUAAGCGGCAGCUCUUCGGCGCCAAAUCUGCGUGAUAUGAUACCGGUAUCAUCAUCCGGAUUUGGAGAUGUACCACCUAUCCGACCCCUGGAGACACUGCACAAUGCUCUAUCGCUGCGCAAGCUGGACAGCUUCCUGCAGGAUAUGGUCUUGGCACAGAUCUUUAAGACACCAACAGGGUCUCCACCACGCAUCCAUGAGGGAGCUGCAGGCAGUAAUUCGGUGUCGCUGUUGACACCUGAUAUUGGUCAGCAUGUAUCGGUAUCUAUGCCCUCGGAUUCCAUGGCUGCAUUUUCCUCUAUCAUUGAGCCAAGAGAUGACAGCUUUUCAGCAACUCAACUAAUUGGCCGAACCGCUCCCAUUUCUGGCAAAUGCGACCAGUCUAGCACUAUCGAUCUAAAUGAUGAUCAAACGCAAUCUUCUGAUUUCGAUGAUGCCAACGAUGUGGUCAUGAAGUAUAUACUACCGGAAGCAAAACAGCUGGAUUAAACCAUCACACGAUUAUUUGUUGACUAUGAUUUGAGUGCUUUAGAUCUUUAAUCGUAAAGAUUUUAAACAUUAUUUUAUUGCGGUGUGGC